AUUUUAUAGCUGCCACUGCAUAUGUCAUGUUCUUUACUGUCAGAUAUAGCCAUAUAGUUUGAUCCGGUUACCAAAAAGCAUUCAAAGUGCAGAUUAAUGCAAGCUUGCCCUGCAGUGUGUAUUUGGAUUUGAAUGGUCCCGUUGUUAAUGCAGGGCAAGAUAGUAUGACAUUCAUGAUCAGAAUAAAUUAUAAGCCUAGAAAUUGAAUCUUUUAGCCAUUGUCAUAAGUUAUGCUUGGUCUGAAUUUCUGUAGAAGUUUUCUUUUUCUUUUUUCCCCCUCCUUUCUGUUUUGUUUUGUUUUGUUUGUUUGUUGUUACGAGAGAUGAAAUCAAAGACAGAGUUGAUCUCUGAGGAGAACACAAACACCCUCAAUUAGGCUGCAGGAUAAGUUAACAUGCCGAGCGUUGUAGUAGUCAUGACUGUCAACAAUGGACUUUUUGUGCAUAAUUGACUGGCCAAGGUUUUCACGUUGUAUAGGAGGACAUGUCGACUGCUGGCGACAGGCUGGCGUUUGAAAGAGUAAAUAAAACCGAGUCUAUCAUCAAACAGGUCUUUUAUUUAUCAGUUUUUAAUUGGUGCUUUUGAAUAAUGCGCACAUGUUAUAUCAAUGAAGAGUUUUAUGAAAUGAGACUUUUGUUAUAGACUAUAACGUGAAGGCUAUGAUUGAACAAAAAUCUAUUGCACAUAUGAUAUCAAUGAAGAGUUUUAUGAAACAGGAUCUUUUCUAUUGAUCUCUUCUUAUAAAGAACAUGGUUAUAAAAAUACAUUUAAGGUGUCCAGGAGAUAAAAAAAAGAGAAAAAGCUUUCAUGUUAAUUCAGCCCUAAAUGAAUUGCUAUUCUUUAUCACAAUAUUGCUGUUUGUUCCAUCUUGCCAUUAUCCCUGAAAGGAAUGUCUGUAUGCACAGUGUGCGGGGUGUAUAGGCAAUCACAGCUCUGAACGAGUGAAACCGGUAAUGGGGGACAUUGUGCAUGUGCAUUCACAGGACAAGAGAUUUCGUCCACUGACCAUGCCAUAAACCCACGUCUGCUGUUCACAGCAAUUGGUGACAACUCAUGGGGAAGGAAAACCCUGUAAUCUAGGUGUGAUCAAUAUGUUGGCAAGUUUGUAGCCUUACCAGUCGCUCUGAGUGUUAUCACACCAGCUCCACGAGAUAUAUAUAUAAAAAAAAAUUCAAACAAAAACACCUCAGCAUUGAAACGUCUCUGAUCCCCGUCUUGCAUGUUUUUAUUGGCAAUACAAUGAGGCACGCAAGUUUUUACUCCACUUAAAGUAUGUGGCCCAACAAUGUGGAACAACAGUGUAUAAUGGAGAUCAUGAAAUAAAAAUAAACAAGAGAAAAGUUUUAUAUACAAGUUCAGUUCCAGAGGGAUUUACUGCUGUUGUCAAGCUGCUUGUUUAACUCGUGCCGUGCGUGCGUGUUGUGAAUGGAUUGAUACGAGUUGUGGUCAGUUUUCCAAUCAUUACCUGUCACUGAAUGAGACGAUCGGAUGAUUGCCACGACACAGUAACCAGAUAUGUUAGAAUCAGAAGAUGACAAGGAACCGAUGUUGAAUGUGGAUGGAAGUAUUCACAUACCAGCUGGUAGUAACUACCUGCUGCGCCUGUAUUCCAACCAUGGGGUCCGAGUUCGCAUGGUCCACAGAAACCAUUCCCAGAAGAUCCCAACGGUGCGGGAAUUGAUCGAACGACUCUCUAAGAAACAUGAGAAACUGCUGCUGGAGGAGAUGGAGCGAUCGAAAGCGGAGAAACAUAAAAGCAGAAGUAUGAGAAAUUCUCCACUCCGGAAAAUAUACGGCAAGAGAUGUUCUUACUCGUUGUUGGGGGAAAACAAAUACCUCGCUUUCAGGAAUCGGCCCCAAUCAGCUAAUAAUGGACACGUCAGAAGUUCUUCCAGCACACCGACCGUUCCCUACACAGCAGCUGACCUAGCAUAUUCCGACGUGAACAAACAGGCCGGGGACCUCACCACCACUGAUCUAGUCUGCUUUGACAGGGAAAAAGAGAAAAAUAAAUUUCGAGAAUUUGACGCAUCGAACCGACAACACUCUGGCAAGAACAACUCUAGACGAUCCAUUUCUUUAGAAAAAGUGAAUUUUGAUAAUGACAAAGAUGAGUUACGGCCAAUUAAAAACACAUUCUCCACAAACAAGCAGAACCAAGGCAGACCUAAUGGCUUGAGGGGAAAUUUCAUCAGGACUGACCAGUUGCUCAAUCCAAAAAAUAAUGUGUCUUUUCAAAGUGUUGGAAGGGAGCCAGAAGACCUUAUAGCGAUGGGAACUAUAUGGAGUCCUAACGUCCAGCAACGUAGUUCCACCACCACCACAGCUAGCACCAAGUCACUGGCACUACCACCAUCAUACAACACACUGGCAGCCCAACCCAUCCGCAAAGGUCCCAAUGGUCUAACCGCACGCCCACUGCUGGGCAGCCAAAACCAAUCUACGUCAAAGAAAGAAGUUGAACCAAGGUACAGUGAUCCUUUGACGGGAGCUCCGGCUUCCUUCCAGCAAAGACUAAUAGAGUUAUCUUCUCUUGAAUCGGAGACGAUUAGAUGGGAACGAACUAAGAAAAUUAAGAAAAAGUCAAAGGCAGAUCGUGAUUCAUGAUGCAUAUGUUUUUUUAAAAUAAGAAUUUCCAUUGUGUCACGUUAGUGUGAACCUGGCAGCAAUGAACAUGCAAUAUCAGCCUUGUAUAAGAUGUCACCAGUCUUGUUAUUGCACAUGAUAAUAUGUUCAUGGAAAGAAAAGAAAAGAAAAAAAAACCCUGAAAAGAUCUUAUCGAUACAACCAGAGAUCAGUCAUUUUGUUACAGUAUAGAUUAAUUUUUGUGUCUAAUGAAAAUGAAAAAAAAAUCCAGUGAUUAAGAUAUUUUUGUUUGUUGACAUUACUGAAGUAUUAUUGAAAAAACUACUGAUAUUUCCAUUCCAUGCUUGGCAGCUUAUGUUAGGGAGUAUGACACUUAAGAAUGCAGUAAAAUAGUGGCUUGAGCAUCAAGAAUUCAUAACAAUAGCAAAACCACAGGAAUGGAAUGUCUCUUGGUAUGGUUUUAACAAGGUGCAGGAACUCGCCAACAAAAACAGUGGAGCUGCCUCUGUUGGUAUUUUGUUGAUAUUAUUGGCACAGUUCCUCCACAGAGGGAUGGAACAGCUGAACUCUAAUUGCUGUUGUGCCAAAUCUCAUUUCAGUGGGACAUCUCUAUUAGCUGGCCCAGUGCUUGUGAAACUUUUAUGUCUUAGACUUGAUGCUUUAAUAAAAUCUCACCCAUAAGAAAGGUCUGUAGACAUUACUUAAAGUCUUGAAGGUUUAUUUAUAAGCAUGGUUCCACAGAUGGAGCAGAUGUCAAGAUUCUUGUGGCUGUUGUACAGAAUCUCAAUGCAGACAUGCAAGAGUGUACCAUGAAAGGAAUACAAUGACUGUGCUGAAGAAGGAAUAGAAUGACUGUACUGAAGAAGGAAUACAAUGACUACUGAAAAAGGAAUACAAUGACUGUACUGAAGAAGGAAUACAAUGACUGUACUGAAGAAGGAAUAGAAUGACUACUGAAGAAGGAAUACAAUGACUGUACUGAAGAAGGAAUACAAUGACUACUGAAAAAGGAAUACAAUGACUGUACUGAAGAAGGAAUAGAAUGACUACUGAAGAAGGAAUAGAAUGACUGUACUGAAGAAGGAAUACAAUGACUGUACUGAAGAAGGAAUAGAAUGACUACUGAAGAAGGAAUAGACUUGAUGUUCUGUAGAAUCACUCAAUACAAUAAGACAAUACUGAACACCACAUUGAAAUCUUAUGAUUCUGUUUGACUGGAAAAUUUUUUAAAUGUGCAAAAAACCCCAAGAAAAAACCUGGUUAGGCAUUGUUAAGUUGCUGCUAUAUCAACUUCACCUCAAUGAGGUCAGACUUAUAGUAUUACUUUCCUGUUAUCUGUGAUAUUUCAUUCUGUCAUUCAUUUGCUGCAUAUUCACUCUUUGUCCAGAAGCAUCGGAAAUCAUUAUGCGACAUUCAUGCAAGAUGGAAACCAGCACUGAAUACAUGAGAUGUAUGAAGACUCUUAAUGGACCAGUUCUGAAGAUUAAUUAUUGUAUUGUGCUUACAUUUGUCAGGACAUAAGAUACCUCAGUUGUAAGAAGAACAAAAAUCACAUCUUCAGGCGUGAUAUGUUGAACUGAAGUGACAGCAUUUCUUCUCUGUAUUUUUCAACUGUUUAACACGGCGCUAUAUACACAUUCAGCAAUUUAAGCCAAAAUAUUGUUAUGAUGUAUUAAAAUUUGUGUUUUAUUUA